AUGGGGAUCCCUGGCUGUAGGGGGAGAGAGGUUGCAGUUCUAACCGGCUCAGAUUCCUCUCUUUCGCGGAGGCGGUGCCCGCUUCCUCUGCGGAGGCCGCUCGUCGUCACCGUGAGGGCUCUCCCCCUGCGGACGUCUCUGGUCUGUCCAGGGAGGCUCGAGGCCUUGUGCUCUCAGCAAUGGCGGAAGCAGCAGCGAGUAGCGCGGUUCUGUGCGGCCAGUGGGCUCCCAUCUUCUGAGGGUUACGAUGGCGGACAGCCGGCUGAUGAAGACUUCUUGGUCGUCAAUUUCUAUCACUUCGUCCCCAUUCAGAGCCCAGAGGCAGAAGUCUCCAACCACCUCAUGUUCCUCCAGGUAGCUCUCUCUCUCUCUCUCUCUCUCUCUCUCUCUCUCUCCCUCUCUCGCUUAUUCAUAUCGGCUUAUCUUCUUUCCCAGGGGCGUGAUAUACACGGUCGGAUAUAUAUCAAUGAGCAAGGGAUCAACGCACAGGUCUCUCUCUUUUUUCCUCUGAAAAUCUAGCUGGCUUAGUUUAACCAGCUUAACAUCUUCAUUAACUUGCUCAUUUUAUCAUGCUGAGCCGUCGAUUUUGUCUGAAAGUUAAUGCUUAAGCUGACUUUUAAGUUCAAAAUAUAACUCGGCACUUUAAGUCAAGGUUUACCUUUUCUUGCCCACUCAUUAUCAGCAAAAAAUUCACCGGAUCACUGAUUCAUAGGAUCUUAAUGCCUCUGCUGGGCUCGUCUCUGUUCCCAGUAAAAACCAAAAAUCUGCAUCUCCAGUGCUCCUCGUCCUGGGUUCGUCUCGCUGACCUGCGGGUCAGAACUGCUCCACGUUUUUGUCAACUGUGAUUAGAUAAUCCUUCCAUUUACAGAUCCUGUUGCUGAAUUAUUUCCUGCAACAGAACCGCUGUGUCCUCCUUCCUCAGGCGCCUCGCAGUUGAGCGGGCAGUGCUCCAUUUUCACUCCCUUUGAUCCUUCUGGGGUUCGUGCAGUACAGUGGUCCGCGUGAGGACGCCCUGGCCUACGCCAAGUGGCUCAGAGGGGACGAUCGAUUCUCCGGCAUCUUGGUCCAGGUUUCGCCGGCUACGGGCGGUCACGCUUUUCCCCGGCUGAAACUGCGGUAUAAACCUUCUCUUGUCCAGGCAAGAUUCGUCACUUGCCCUCAGUAACUCAAAAUACCAUCCAUUUUCCACGUCAUGGGUACCUCAUGCUUGUCUGAUUCCAGUUGGAAGGCGGCGCAUCGCACCUCCCUCUGGUGGAUCCCGCGAAGCGGGCCACUCCGCUGCCCCCCUCCGAGUGGAGACGCAGGCUGCAGGGAGCGAAGGGUGAAGCCCUGGGCGGGGGAGAAGCCGGGAGCCAAGACAGAAAGUGCCUGCUUUUGGAUGUCAGAAACGGUAACCGCAGCCAUGAAUGAAUCUAGAAUCCUCGGGACGAUCAUCCUAUUGUUCAUCCUCGUGUUCAUCCUCAUUCUCAGGCUAUGAGUGGGAUAUCGGGCAUUUCAGAGGAGCCCAGCGGCCUAAUGUGGACUGCUUCCGCAGCACCACUUUUGGGCAAUCAGAGGUAGUAUUUGCGCACACAUUGCCUGUGAUUUGAUCGUAAUCUUCACGUUCUUCAGAUUUCAUGGCGAGUUUCAUGUCCUCUGAUUUGUUUUCUCCCUCUAUCCAGUCAGCUGACUCUGACCCAUUGGCCGGAAUCGACAAGGAGAACACUGACGUCUUAAUGUACUGCACCAGCGGCAUCCGCUGUGAUGUCUACUCUACAAUCUUGAGGUAUAAAAAUACAGAUAAAUAAAUGAGAUGUUUGUUUCCCAGAUAAAUGAUCAUGAAAUUGGGAGAGCUCUUGGACGGCAGGGAGAAGGGGUUUCAGAACCUGUUCACUCUCAGCGGGGGGGUCUCGCACUACCUGAAGAGCGAGGGCCCCGCGGAGUGGCUGGGGAACCUGUUCGUCUUCGAUUCCCGCCUCUCGCUCCCGCCUGCGGCUUACAACCCGGAGAGCGAGGACAGGGGAGAAGAGAAGGCCAUCCCCCAGGACGGCAACAGCACCUUCGCCAGCUGCUAUAUCUGCCGGUCUCGGGUGGCCGAGCUCAGACACCGCAACUGUGCAAAUCUGGACUGUAACUUCCUCUUCUUGUAAGCCAUCGAUCUCAUCAAUUCCCCUCUCCUCAUCAAUCGAAUCAGUUUAUGAACGUCAGCCCCCCUCACAAGUUUCGUGUUCUUCGUUUCUCAGGUGUUGCUCCAGGUGUGUGGAGAAGAUGAAGGGGUGCUGCUGUUCAGACUGUACGGCUGCCUCCCGCCUGAGGCCCGCUCUGGUCGGCAGCCAGAGGUACAGCAAGUGGCACACAUAUCGGGAUUCCGAGGCCUGA